AGGAUUCGCGGAAGUGACAAAUACACAGUUUUAGUGCCACUUUACUUUGAUAGAAACAAUCAUCUUGCCUGAGCAGGGAACAAACAUCUACUUUCAGAUACUCGGACAGCUUUGGUCGCUGCUGAAAAAGAACAACAAGUGGCAAAGUAAGGUGUGUAAAUUUACUAGUUGCAAGUAUGCAACAUGGCCAGUGCACAGGUUGGAGUCUCUAACUCUGUGAGUGUGAGUCUUGAGAGUGCUCAGAGGUUAGUUGACUUCCAAGACCGACUGUUGCAAGCUGAAGAAGGAUUGACUAGGGACCAGGUACUUCGCAUCAGACGUCUGUGCCAAGAUUUUACAGACCCACUGACAGACGAACAGCUGGAACUACGUCCAGCUAGUAUUGCACGAUUGUUGUUUAAGGACCUCCAGAACAAAAAUCUGAUAGGUCCAUUCAACGCCGUGCUAUUGGCAGAUCUGCUAGCUAAGGUUGGACGUGAUGACAUUGGUGCCCUGUUCUGUGCCUGUUAUUGAAGGUUCCAGGUCAUCAUCAUCAUCAUUGUAUUGAAGAUGGACACAGGAUUGUUGGAUGAACAGAUAGAGAUGGAAGUUCUCCAGAUGCAGCUGUCAGUAUACCGAGAAGACUUUGAGGCAGAGAGGAGGGACAGGGAGAGACUUCGAGCAGAAGUAGAGUCUUAUAAGAAAGAAGCGGAGGCCCUCAGGCUACAGGUUCGUGGUGAGACUCCCACCAAGUCAGGACCUCAGAGUCAACCUUGUGGUCCUUCAAACAACAGCCACACCACUGGUUUAUCGGAAAUGCAUCAAACGAUUGAAGAUCUUCGGGCACAGGUGUCAACAUACCGUGAAGACUUUGAAAAGGAGAGGAGAGACAGAGAGAGUGCUCAAGUGGAAAGGGAGGCUUUGGUCGAAGAAAUAGCAGCUUUGAGGCAACAGUACACACAGCUGCAGCAGGCCCUGGAGACUGCUGACUACAUGUAUGAUGGCACACAGCGCUCGAACAACUAUGUCAGGUGGAAGAACAAGGCUAUGCACAGCCGGGCCAACUACAAGUCCCAAAAAGGCUACAAAAAAAUGUGUGCCAGGGUGUACCUGAAUGGGGAUGGUAUGGGUGGCAUGAUGUGUUCUCAAGAGUACAUGUACCUGAAUGGGGAUGGUAUGGGUGACAAGAUGUGUGCUCAAGUACUGUACCUGAAAGGGGAUGGUACGGGGAUGUGUGCUCCAGAGUACCUGAAAGGGGAUGGUACGGGGAUGUGUGCUCCAGAGUACCUGAAAGGGGAUGGUACGGGGAUGUGUGCUCCAGAGUACCUGAAAGGGGAUGGUACGGGGAUGUGUGCUCCAGAGUACCUGAAAGGGGAUGGUACGGGGAUGACUGUGCUCCAGAGUACCUGA